GCGCAUCGGUUUGGAAAUAAAAACGCACCUCCCACCCCCUCCCGUACUGACUGUGACUGGCUCCUCCCAUACCGGUUAAAUGCCCGCUCGGUGUUUCAAUUUAAUGCAGUGGAAGGCAGUCAUGAUAUAGGAGCUGUAGAGUUUACCAACUUUAUAGCAGCAAGUAUUUCCAAGUCUUGUAAUCUGUUUAUUCCCGGAGCCACAGUUAUGAAGACCAUACUUGCUGCCUACUCCGGUGCCCUAAAAGGUAAGAUAUGCACCCUAAUUCUAAAUGCACUGUUUGCAUGCAAACAAAUUGCACACAGACUUCAGUCAUCCUAUCAAGCAGCAGUCAAUUGAUAAUUCGAUCAUCUUCACUAUAUUCCAAAUCCUGUGCUGUCAUAUUAUUAGCUUUCGUGAGAUGGAGAAGCAGCUUGCAAAACAUUCAAAUAUGACUGGGGACUAUGGCAGCCCAAAACAUAAUCAGAAGUUUGUUGUGGAUGAAAUACAUCAUUGUCGUGUAAGCCAUUCGUUCUGAAAGACAACAGAUAAGUCAACACAUUAGUGUGUGAUGAAGUGUAUUUGGGCACAGUGGUUUUCAUACAUGUUGCUUGCAUAUUUUUGUGUGUUUAGGGGUCUGAUCUGUGAAGGAAGAGAAGUGAAAAAGAGUACACCAGGGCCAGGUUCAGUAGGCAAAUGUGAACGUUGACGAUAUAAAUAUCAUGAAUAGGUCUGACAAGCUCCCUUAUUCUACAUGCCAGAGGCUCAAGUUUGUUCAACAUAAUAUAUUUAUAUCGGCAACCUUCCACAACGUUGUGCCCUGCUGAAUGCUGCCCGGUAAGGGGAAAGAUUUUAGGUCUUUGACUGAUUCAGUGUGUAGUAUUACUAGUCCACAUCAUGUCCUUGACCCUCUGAGGCUGAUACUGCCCAGUAGCCCUGAUCGAGAGCCUUUGCAUCAUUGACUUACUAUGCAAGUGUGGGCCAGAGAGCAGAACGGCCAGUGUUUUGUUUGACAGCACGACACAGUGUUAUUUAGUCCUUUAAGAUGGGUUUACAUAGCUGUGUUUUCCCGUGGCAUGGGGUAGAUCUGCUGACGAGGCACUAUGAGCUUGAGUAGAUUUAGCAUAGUCCCCUCAGUGGCUCGCUCUUGUGCUGGUCUGUCACUUCUCCUAUAUACAUCAGUGGAGGCUCCUCCGAGGAGGUAGGGGAGGACCAUCCUCCUCAGUGAAUUUAAUGAAAACAGUGAAACAUUCCAGUUAUAAUUUUUAGAUAACUACACUAAAUAUAUUUCCAAGUCACCAAAUAAUUUAUUAAAACACACUGUUUUGCAAUGAAGUUCUACAGUAGCCUCAACAGCAUUCUGUAGGGUAGCACCAUGGUGUAGCCGGAGGACAGCUAGUUUCUGUCCUCAUCUGGGUACAUUUACUUCAAUACAAAACCUAGGAGGCUCAUGGUUCUCACCCCCUUCAUAGACUUACACAGUAAUUAUGACAACUUCCGGAGGACGUCCUCCAACCUAUCAGAGCUCUUGCAGCAGGAACUGACAUGUUGUCCACCCAAUCAAAGGAUCAGAGAAUGAAUCUAGUACUGAAAGCAUAAGCUACAGCUAGCUAGUACCGCAGUGCAUGAAAUGUGGUGAGUAGUUGACUCAUAGAGAGAAAAAGACUAUAGUUGAACAGUUUUAAACAAAUUAAUGUCUUCAAAAAUGUAAGGAGAAGCAAGAGAGAGGGCUAGCAAUAUUUUGUUGUAUUUUUAUCACUUAGCUAGCAAAUGCAGGUAGCUAGUUUAGUCUACUCAAACAAAGAGGGAUGCUAUGUUACCUAGCUGGCUAUGGCUAGCCAACACUGGAACUCUUCCAAGUCAAGGUAAGCUUUUGGUUUUAUAAAUGUAUUGCCACUGGGGCCCACCGGUGUAAUUGAUAAACUGCUUGCUGACUGUACACUGUACUGCAUGUUUGUAGCAGGUUUACUAACCCGUUAGUUCUAGUAGCUAUGUUGACUAUGACGUUAGAUAAUAUGGUGACAAUGAUGUAGGCUGUGUGUAACAGUUAUGAUAUAUGAAGCUUUGGCUUGGAAAGGUUUUUUUCACCUGGUCACAGACAGCUGAUGUGUUGUGCAUUGAAGUCCACAAGCGAAGGGGAAAAGGAGGAGAGCAGGUAGAUGUGAGGAGGAAUACAAUGAGCAAAGUGAUCAUGCUGUUUGUAUGUGGCAGCUAUGAAAGUGAACUGUGCUUGCGUGUGAUCAGAGGUGUAUUCAUUCCGCCGAUUCUGUGGAAAAAAAAAUUCGCAAAUGGAAUGAAACGGGGAUAAACAAAUCUGAAUUUGUCCAAUAGAAACUCUUGUUUGCAACUGUUGGAGUAAUGAUUACACCCUAGAUCAGCUAGAUGCAGGCAAGAGUGUGCAAGGCACUAUUGAAUGUGUCACUGUCACCUUGAUUACAAAAAAAAUGAUCUCUCAACCUGUGCAAUUUCAUUCAUAGGCUAGGUUGUAGCAACCUCAUGAUGGGUAUAGGGCAGGGUUCUUCAAUUCCGGUCCUGGAGGGCCGAAACACCUCUGUUUUUCAUCAUCUCCUUCUAAUCAGGGGCUAAUUCAGACCUGGGACACCAGGUGAGUGCAAUUAACUACCAGGUAGAAAUAAAAAACAGAAGUGUCUCGGCCCUCCAGGACCGGAAUUGAAGAACCCUGGUAUAGGGUAAAAUCGAAUAUCAUGUGUGGUAGUCUAAACCUAUCAACGUUACGUUGAGCUGGGUAAAUGGAAUAUGAAUGACAGUCAUCCAAUAUGCUGUAAUAGAAAUAAGGCCAUGCUCAUUAAACGGCACAAACCGCCACUGAUAUACACAGUGGAUAAAACAUUAACCAGUUAAACUGUGAGCGGUUGUUUUGGGCUCUGUACAGGGCCCGGUGUGACAUAUCAUUUGAAAGCUACAGGCCUUGUCUUUUUGGAAAUCGAACCCCAUAAAGGCCAUAAAUCAUGCGCUAUGGACAUAUUCAUAUAGUAUGCAAUGUAGGUAAAGUCACCAAAAGUGCAAACAUUUAGUAUGUAUGGAAAGGGUACAUGAUUUUGUAAAGCAAUGCAUUUCCUGCUUCAUCCUCAUUGCCUUGUAUGCAUCCUCUACAUGCGCCUUUUAGCUAGCUCAUUGUUUACAAUAGGAAAAGUGAAUGGGAAAAGUAGUUUGAAGUUUCUUCACCUGUCUGUUUCUUAUUUAAAAUUAAAAUACAUUUUAAAAACUCCAUAACUUGAAAGCCCUGAUUGCUAAGGUCAUUUUUAAGGCUUAUAAUAUCCAUUCAACCAUUUUGGCACAGUGACUCACUACCAAAACCAGACCCAAGUAGCCAAGAGACAUCAUGUGGUCUCCUACUGCUAUCUAGUGGACGAACUGGAAUCAGACAGAGGAUAUAUUUACAUCAAUGGAUGGAUAGACUUCAGAUUUCACCUCAUAUGUAUAUCAUACCUAUAAGACAAAUAUUUGUUAUGUCUGCUGCAUCUCGAGCUCUGUAGUAGUCACAUUGUUUCUGACACGUUUAUCUGAAUCCCACAGUUCUUACCUUUCUAACAGUACUAAGCAUGUGUUUGUAAGACUUUAUAGUUUUGGAACCAAAAUGUACAUUAUGAGGGUAGUAUACAAUAUUAUGCGUCGUUUAGAAAAUGCCACCAGAGAGGGUCAGAGUUUAACAGGUUUUAAGGACACCUGCACUUUCCAUGACAUAGACGGACCAGGUGAAUCCAGAUCCCUUAUUGAUGUCACUUGUUAAAUCCACUUCAAUCAGUGUAGAUUUGUAUUUAUUAUGGAUCCCCAUUAGCUGCUGCCAAGGCAUUUUUAAACAUUAAAAUACAUUUUACAACAGAUUUCACAAUACAUUAUGUGUGUGCCCACUACAUUUUUAUAUUUUUUUACAUUUUUAGUCAUUUAGCAGGCGCUCUUAUCCAGAGCGACUUACAGUUAGUGAGUGCAUACAUUAUUUAAUUUUUUUCAUACUGGCCCCCCAUGGGAAUCGUACCCACAACCCUGGCGUUGCAAACGCCAUGCUCUACCAACUGAGCUACAUCCCUGCCGGCCAUUCCCUCCCCUACCCUGGACGACGCUGGGCCAAUUGUGCGCCGCCCCAUGGGUCUCCUGGUCGCGGCCGGCUAUGACAGAGCCUGGAUUCGAACCAGGAUCUCUAGUGGCACAGCUAGCACUGCAAUGCAGUGCCGUAGGCCACUGCGCCACUACUCUACUACACCACACAAUCCAGGUGUACGUGUAUGUUUAUACCUGUGUGUGUGUGUGUGUGACUUCACCGUCCUCACUGUUCCAUAAGGUGUAUUUUUAUCUGCUUUUUAAAUGUGAUUUUACUGCUUGUGUGAGUUACUUGAUGUGAAAAAUAAUAACGAAUGCACUCACUAACUGUAAGUCGCUCUGGAUAAGAGCAUCUGCUAAAUGACUAAAAUAUAAAUGUAAAAUGAAUAGAGUUCCAUGUAGCCAUGGCUCUAUGUAGUACUGUGCGCCUCCCAUAGUCUGUUCUGGACUUGGGGAUUGUGAAGAGACCUCUGCUGGCAUGUCUUAUGGUGUUUACAUGGGUGUCCGAGCUGUGUGCUAGUAGUUUUUAAACAGACAGCUCGGCGCAUUCAACAUGUCAAUACUUCUUACAAAAACAAGUAGUGAUGACGUCAAUUUCUCCUCUACUUUGAGCCAUGAGCGAUUGACAUUCAUAUUAUUAACGUUAGCUCUGUGUGUACAUUUAAGGGCCAGCCGUGCUGCCCUGUUCUGGGCCAGUUGUAAUUUUCCCAAGUCCCUCUUUGUGGCACCUGACCACACGACUGGGAAGUAGUCCAGGUGCGACAAAACUAAGGCCUGUAGAACCUGCCUUCUUGAUAUUGUUGUUAAGAAGGCAGAGCAGUGCUUUAUUAUGGGGAGAGGUCUCCCCAUCUUAGCUACUGUUGCAUGAAUAUGUUUUUACCAUAAGUUUUACAAAUCAAAUUGUAUUUGUCACAUGCGCCGAAUACAACAGGUGUAGACCUUACAGUGAAAUGCUUACUUACAAGCCCUUAACCAACAAUGCAGUUUUUAAGAAAAACAAGUGUUAAGUAAAAAAUAGAUAAAUAAAAAAUAAUUAAAAAGCAGCAGUAAAAUAACAGUAGUACGGGGGGUACCGGUACAGAGUGAAUGUGCAGGGGCUCAGGUUAGUCGAGAUAAUUGAGGUAGGAUGUACAUGUAGGUAGAGUUAAAGUGACUAUGCAUAGAUAAUAAACAGAGUACCAGCAGCGUAAAAGAUUGGGUGGGGGGGAACAAUGCAAAUAGUCCGGGUAGCCAUUUGAUUAGCUGUUCAGGAGUCUUAUGGCUUGGGGGAUAGAAGCUGUUAAGAAGCCUUUUGGACCAAGACUUGGUGCUCCGGUACCGCUUGCCGUACGGUAGCAGAGCGAACAGUCUAUGACUAGGGUGGCUGGAGUCUUUGAGAAUUAUUAGGGCCUUCCUCUGACACCACCUGGUAUAGAGGUCCUGGAUGACAGGAAGCUUGGCCCCAGUGAUGUACUGGGCCGUACGCACUACCCUCUGUAGUGCCUUGCGGUCGGAGGCAGAGCAGUUGCUAUACCAAGCAGUGAUGCAACCAGUUAGGAUGGUGCAGCUGUAUAACUUUUUGUGGAUCUGAGGACCCAUGCCACAUAUUUUCAGUCUCCUGAGGGGGAAUAGGCUUUGUCGUGCCCUCUUCACGAAUCACGAAUGUCUUGGUGUGUUUGGGUAUGAUAGUUUGUUGGUGAUGUGGGACACCAAGGAACUUGAAGCUCUCAAUCCAGGGUUACUCCAAGCAGUUUAGUCUCCUCAACUUGCUUAGUUUCAACAUUAUGCAUUAAAAAAUUUAGCUGAGGUUUAGUGAAUGAUUUAUUCCAAAUACAAUGCUUUUUUAAAUUUUAUUUUUAUAUUUAGGACUAACUUAUUUCUUGCCACCCAUUCUGAAACUGACUGCAGCUCUUUGUUAAGUGUUGCAGUGAUUUCACUCGCUGUAGUAGCUGACGUGUAUAGUGUUGAGUCAUCCGCAUACAUAGACACACAGGCUUUACUCAGAGCCAGUGGUAGGUCAUUUAGUAAAGAUUGAAAAAGGUAAGGGGCCUAGACAGCUUCCCUGGGGAAUGUCUGAUUCUACCUGGAUUAUGUUGGAGAGGCUACCAUUAAAGAACACCCUCUGUGUUCUGUUAGACAGGUAACUCUCAAUCCACAAUAUAGCAGGGGGUGUAAAGCUAUAAUGAAGGGGAAGAGACUGGUUAAAGAAGGAUUUUUAAGCCUUGAGACAAUUGAGACAUGGAUUGUGUAUGUGUGCCAUUCAGAGGGUGAAUGGGCAAGACACAAUAUUUGCCAGGUGCACUGGUUUGAGUGUGUCAAGAACUGCAAUGCUGCUGGAUAUUUCACGGUCAACAGCUUCCCCUGUGUAUCAAGAAUGGUCCACCACCCAAAGGACAUCCAGCCAACUUGACACAACUGUGGGAAGUAUUGGAGUCAACAUGGGCCAGCAUCCCUGUGGAACGCUUUCGACACCUUGUAUAGUCCAUGGCCGACUAAUUGAGGCUGUUCUGAGGGCAAAAGGGACGGGUGCAACUCAAUAUUAGGUGUCCUUUUAAUGUUUUGUACACUCUGUGUAUAUGUAGCUGUCAGGACUGUGGCUCUGCUCUUUAUGAGUAGUGAUCGGACCAUGGUGGUAAGUGGCUCUGUCUCUGUAGCAAUUGCAGUGGCUUGGGGAAUUUGACGUGAUGUUUAUUGCUUGUGGUCUGUUUCAUCACGGAGCUUUGUAAGGGAUGAACCUUUGUUCAUGGUCUCUCUAGUGUCUAAUCUAAUUUCCCUUGUUUGUGUGUUUUUGUGUAUUUGACAGACUUUGAGAACCUGGGAAAGGGAUUGACAGUUUAUUAUUUUCAUACUCCAGUCUUCUCACUGACUGCCUCCAGAGUGUAACUGUGACUUAAUCCAUUGAUGUGGAUGUACUGUACAGUAUGACUCAUUUAUGACCCUGUCUAUCUUCUCUAGGCACUGGCUCCAGCAUCCUCUCGUCCCUGCAGGACCUGCCCUCCCUUCCAUGGCCUGCCCUUCGAUCCAAGAUGGAGAAACACCUUCAGGUCAUCGCAGUUCUGCAGUGGAUCAUCUCCUUCCUUGCCAUGGGUGAGCGUGCGACUGGAUCUCCGUGUGGCUCUAACUAUACUGAACAAAAAUAUAAACGCAAUAUGUAAAUUGUUGGUCUCAUGUUUCAUGAGCUGAAAUAAAAGAUCCCAGAAAUGUUCAAUACUCACAAAAGCUUAUUUCUCUCAAAUGUUGUGCACAAAUGUGUUUAUAUCCCUGUUAGUGAGCAUUUCUCCUUUGCCAAGAUAAUCCAUCCACCUGACAGGUGUGGCAUAUCAAGAAGCUGAUUAAACAGCAUGAUCAAUACACAGGUGCACCUUGUGCUGGGGAAAAUAAAAGGCCACUAUAAAAUGUGCAGUUUUGUCACACAACACAAUGCCACAGAUGUCCCAAGUUUUGAAGGAGCGUGCAAUUGGCAUGCUGACUGCAGGAAUGUCCACCAGAGCUGUUGUCAGAUAAUUGAAUGUUAAUUUCUCUCCAUAAGCCGCCUCCAAUGUCGUUGUAGAGAAUUUGGCAGUACGUCCAACCGGUCUCACAACCGCAGACCACGUGUAACCACGCCAGCCCAGGACCUCCACAUCCGGCUUCUUCACCUGUGGGAAUGUCUGAGACAAGCCACCAGGACAGCUGAUGAAACUGUGGGUUUGCACAACCAAAGGAUUUCUGCACAAACUGUCAGAAACCGUUUCAGGGAAGCUCAUCUGCGAGCUCGUCGUCCUCACCAGGGUCUUGACCUGACUGCAGUUCAGCGUCGUAACCGACAUCAGUGGGCAAAUGCUCACCUUCAAUGGCUACUGGCAUGCUGGAGAAGUGUGCUCUUCACGGCUAAAUCCCAGUUUCAACUGUACCGGGCAGAUGGCAGACAGCAUGUAUGGCGUCAAGUGGGCGAGCGAUUUGCUAAUGUCAAUGUUGUGAACAGAGUGCCCCUUGGUAGGGUUAUGGUAUGAGCAGGCAUAAGCUAUGGACAACGAACACAAUAGCAUUUUAUCGAUGGCAAUUUGAAGGCACAGAGAUACCGUGACGAGAUCUUGAGACCCAUUGUCGUGCAAUUCAUCCGCUUCCAUCACCUCAUGUUUCAGCAUGAUCAUGUAAGGCCCCAUGUCGCAAGGAUCUGUACACAAUUCCUGGAAGCUGAAAAUGUCCCAUUGAGCACGUUUGAGAUGCUCUGAAUCGACUUGUACGACAGCGUGUUCCAAUACCCGCCAAUAUCCAGAAACCUUGCACAAUCAUUGAAGAAGAGUGGGACAGCAUUCCACUGGCCACAAUCAAGAGCCUGAUCAACUCUAUGCGAAGGAGAUCUGUUGCACUGCAUGAGGCAAAUGGCGUUCACAUCAGAUACUGACUGGUUUUCUGAUCCACGCUUGUACUUAAAAAAAAAAAAAGAAAGUUAUCUGUAACCAACAGAUGCAUAUCUGUAUUCCCAGUCAUGUGAAAUCCAUAGAUUAGGGCCCCGUGUAGCUCAGUUGGUAGAGCAUGGCGCUUGCAACGCCAGGGUUGUGGGUCUGAUUCCCACGGGGGGCCAGUAUGAAAAUGUAUGCACUCACUAACUGUAAGUCGCUCUGGAUAAGAGCGUCUGCUAAAUGACUAAAAGGUAAAUGUAAAAAAAUUAGGGCCUAAUUUUAUUUAUUUCUAUUGACUGAUUUUCCUUAUGAACUCUUGAAAUUGUUGCAUUUUAUAUUUUUGUUCAGUAUAGUAGUUACUGAAGGAUAUAGCGGCCCUGUGGCCUCAUACUGUAAGUCUCCCACAAGGAGAUCAAGCCUGUAAGCUCUCUCUCUUAUUUACUAGAGAUAUUAUCUGAGAAUAGAUGGUGGGCUGUAGGGAUGUUUCUGUUAGUCUACAGUCGUGGUCAAAAGUUUUGAGGAUGACACAAGUAUUGGUCUUCACAAAGUUUACUGCUUCAGUGUUUUUAGAUAUUUUUGUCAGAUGUUACUAUGGUAUACUGAAGUAUAAUUACAAGCAUUCCAUAAGUGUCAAAGGCUUUUAUUGACAAUUGCAUUAAGUUUAUGCAAAGAGUCAAUAUUUGCAGUGUUGACCCUUCUUUUUCAAGACCUCUUCAAUCCGCCCUGGCAUGCUGUCAAUUAACUUCUGGGCCACAUCCUGACUGAUGGCAGCCCAUUCUUGCAUAAUCAAUGCUUUGGAGUUUGUCAGAAUUUGUGGAUUUCUGUUUGUCCACCCGCCUCUUGAGGAUUGACCACAAGUUCUCAAUGGGAUUAAGGUCUGGGGAGUUUCCUGGCCAUGGACCCAAAAUGUCGAUGUUUUGUUCCCCGAGCCACUUAGUUAUCACGUUUGCCUUAUGGCAAGGUGCUCCAUCGUGCUGGAAAAGGCAUUGUUCGUCACCUAACUGUUCUUGGAUGGUUGGGAGAAGUUGCUCUCGGAGGAUGUGUUGGUACCAUUCUUUAUUCAUGGCUGUGUUCUGAGCAACUCCACACAUGAAUGGUCUCAGGAUGCUUUACUGUUGGCAUGACACAGGACUGAUGGUAGCGCUCACCUUGUCUUCUCCGGACAAGAUUUUUUCCGGAUGCCCCAAACAAUCGGAAAGGGGAUUCAUCAGAGAAAAUGACUUUACCCCAGUCCUCAGCAGUCCAAUCCCUGUACCUUUUGCAGAAUAUCAGUCUGUCCCUGAUGUUUUUCCUGGAGAGAAGUGGCUUCCUUUCUUCCCUUCUUGACACCAGGCCAUCCUCCAAAAGUAUUUGCCUCACUGUGCAUGCAGAUGCACUCACACCUGCCUGCUGACAUUCCUGAGCAAGCUCUGCACUGGUGGUGCCCCGAUCCUGCAGCUGAAUCAACUUUAGGAGAUUUGGGCGCCCUGAAGCCUUCUUCACAACAAUUGAACCUCUCUCCUUGAAGUUCUUGAUGAUCCGAUAAAUGGUUGAUUUAGGUGCAAUCUUACUAGCAGCAAUAUCCUUGCCUGUGAAGCCCUUCUUGUGCAAAGCAAUGAUGACUGCAUGUGUUUCCUUGCAGGUAACCAUGGUUAACAGAGGAAGAACAAUGAUUUCAAGCACCACCCUCCUUUUAAAGCUUCCUGUCUGUUAUUCUAACUCAAUCAGCAUGACAGAGUGAUCUCCAGCCUUGUCCUCGUCAACACUCUCACCUGUGUUAACGAGAGAAUCACUGACAUGAUGGCAGCUGGUCCUUUUGUGGCAGGGCUGAAAUGCAGUGGAAAUGUUUUUGGGGGAUUAAGUUCAUUUUCAUGGCAAAGAGGGACUUUGCAAUGAAUUGCAAUUCAUCUGAUCACUCUUCAUAACAUUCUGGAGUAUAUGCAAAUUGCCAUCAUAAAAACUGAGGCAGCAGACUUUGUGAAAAUUAAUAUUUGUGUCAUUCUCAAAACUUUUGACCACGACUGUAUAUGUUUCAGAUUGCAGUAUAAAUGUCUGAUGUUCAUGUGGAGAUAAGGGAUAAGGAGUAUUUUGCACUUGAAAAAUAAAUAUUUAAUGAAGUGUGGUACCUGCACUAUGCCUGUUCCUCUGCUCUCUCCCCUAUUCUAUCCUACCCCAUAGGCAUCAGCUGCACUGUGCUGUUAAUCUACAUGUUCUGCACAGACCUCUGGGUGAUCGCUGCCAUGUACACUGCCUGGCUAAUCUUUGACUGGAACACCCCCAAACAAGGCAAGUACCACGGUCACUCAAACCCACUCUUAAUACUGGUCAGAUUGAGAGGGUUUUUCCCUGUCAGCCCUGGGAUUCGAAUUUGCAACCUUUUGGUGACUGGCUUAAUCUCAUGGCUGCCGCUGCCCUAUUGUGGUUAAAUUGUGUCAUUUCAGAUGCAGUGGUUUGUGUCUGUGACCAUAGGGAGCUGUGCUGGUUAAUUGGCACUAUGUUACUGUUGAUUUAUAUGUUUCAGCAUGUGGGUUACAUGAUUCAUUAUUCUGACUGGAGAUCUAUCUUUACCUCGGUUUUCUCAGGUGGCAGGAGGUCCUCUUGGGUGAGGAACUGGACUGUGUGGACUUACUUCAGAGAUUACUUUCCCAUCAGGGUGAGUGGAAAAGAAUAGGCCUAACAUUUUAAAGGUAUGCUGUAGUGUGUGUGUGAACUUACGUGUGUGUGCAAUGUGUGUUGGGGUGUGAUUUGGGGAUGGGCCAUUCAGUGCUAUGAAGCAUCCUGACCUUGACCUCCUAUAGUGGAGGAUGUAUAAACAAAUAAAAGUGGGAUGGUGGUCACUUGUCAGUGUGUUUGCGGUGUCAUGAGACCAGAUAAUUAAGAUAGCUAUCAACCUGGAAAUUUGUGAUGGAAUACAACAUGGAUAUGCCUGCCUGUACAGAUGAUAAAAUGUGCUUUUUCUGGUCAGAUACAAAGUUAAAGAGCAACAAUAUUUUUAUUGAUUAUGGUGUCUGAUGUAUCCCAGUAGCACAGGCAUGAAGAUAACCUUAUCUGUGACUGUAUCAGCUGGUGGUUCCUGUUCCCUGAUGAUGAUGCUAUAAGGAGUUGACGUUGGUUGAAAGGAUAGACUUUGCCCUGCCUGAUAGGAGACAGGUCAUCGCUGAGCUUUUUUUCCAUUUUUAUUAUUUUGCUCCUCUGCACCUGGAGAUUGUUGGGAGACACGUUCUCUUGGUGUCCUAACAGAGCAAGCCAUUUUUUGCCUUCAGAUUUUUUGGCAUGUUCCUCUUGUGCUUUCUCUCACUGCCCUCCUGACCAAUAAUUGAAUUAGCUGAGUUGUUUGUAUGCCUUCACACUCCUCAUGAAUAUCAAUGAACCAACGACAUUCAAAUUACAUCUGCUAUGUUUAAUCGUCCAAGGAGUUCAAUCAGUUCAGCUAUUUGAUUUAACAGUUUUUAAAUGGAGCAUUCUAGAAACAUUAACCGUACAAUAAAUGUUUUACAAUCUUUUUCACUCAUACAUAGAAAGUAUAGCCAAAGGCUCUUAAAGCAAAGCCAGAGCUUUGAUACGGUCACCUAUUAAGAAUCAAGGUGAAAGGUCAUCUUAACUGUCAAUAAUUGAGUCAUGAUGAUGAUUAACAGCCAGGGGGAAAUCAAAUGUGUGUGUGUGUGUUGCCUCUGGAGCUUGAACUUUGGCCCUGCUUGUGAUCCAUACUUUGAGCACUGACUGUUUCUGUCUGAGUGGCUUGAUGAGAUCACUUAUUUGCGUAAAGUAGCUCUGAUGCAGACUGAAUAAGAUGGAUGUGUUUGAUGAUAACAUGUUUAUCUGAAAACAUGUCUCUGCAUCGAUUAGAGACUUACAGUACAGUAAUCCUUUGGGUUGGUACCCAGGAUGAUGUUUAAUGCUGGUUGUGAUGUGGAGUUAAGGGGCUUUGAUUGUAGGGUUUUCUGACUCAAGUACAUACUGUGUGCCAGGUAUUGGUAGGGCUCGAGAUACAUUAGAUACUUCACCUGUCAACAUCCUGUUUCAGAUGAAUGGUUGCUUACCUUGUUCUACAUUUACAUUUUAGUCAUUUAGCAGAAGCUCUUAUCCAGAGCGACUUACAUGAGCAAUUAGGGUUAAGUGCCUUGCUUAAGGGCACAUCGACAGAUUUUUCACCUAGUCAGCUUGGGGAUUAGAACCAGUGACCUUUCUAGCUUGUGCAACUAAUGGAGUUGGAUGCAAGCUGGUAGUAAGGCCUGGCUGGUGGCAGCCUGAGUGUGUCAGUGCAUGCAGGGACGGUGACUUACAUCUUGCAGUGCCAGCAAGGUCUCCUUUUCUCUUCCACUUACUGUAUGUAUGUUAUCAAACACAGCGGCAGCCGCUGAUUGGCUGAAUACCCAGGGUGCAAGGUGGUUGAAGUUGUCAACAAAGCAGCAUGACAGAAAUAUGAUGGCAAGUUUUCGAACUACCAAUAGUUUCUUUUAUAUAUUUUCUCAAAGCGAUUUGUGCAUUUGAACAACAGCAUAAAUCCACCUAUUUCACUUUUGCAUGUCAAAAACCGAAUAACCACUGCUGCACAUGCUGCCACUGUUUUGAACAGACUAGAUUAUACUAUUUAGAAUGAUUAGCCAGCUCACGAAAGAAUGAGUGCCCCAGGAUAGGUAGCUAACAUAAUGUGACAAAGCAUGAUGCGCUAGCCAGUUAACUUCCAUUCUGAAAUAACUUAAUAUUUCCGAGUUAGUCAGAUAUUAGUUUAGAAAGACUUGAAAUUGGCAUUGGCGCUAAAUAGCUAGCAAGCUACCUGCUAGCUAGCUGCUUAUCAAAGGUACACUACAUGACCAAAAGUAUGUGGACACCUGCUCGUCGAGCAUCUCAUUCCAAAAUCAUGGGCAUUAAUAUGGAGUUGGCCCCCCUUCUGCUGCUAUAACAGCCUCCACUCUUCCGGGAAGCCUUUCCACUAGAUGCAUGAACAUUGCUGCAGGGACUUGCUUCCACUCAGCCACGAGCAUUAGUGAGGUCGGGCACUGAUGUUGGGCGAUUAGGCUCGCAGUCUGCGUUUCAAUUCAUCCCAAAGGCAUUUGAUGAGGUUGAUGUCAGGGCUCUGUGCAGGCCAGUCAAGUUCUUCCACACUGAUCUUGACAAACCAUUUCUGUAUGGACCUCUCUUUGUGCACGGGGGCAUUGCCCUUUCCUGUUUCAUACUGAAACAGGAAAGGGCCAUCCCCAAACUGUUGCCACAAAUUUGGAAGCACAGAAUCAUCUAGAAUGUCAUUGUAUGCUGUAGCGUUAAGAUUUCCCUUCACUGGAAUUAAGGGGACUAGCCCGAACCAUGAAAAACAGCCCCAGACCAUUAUUCCUCCUCCACCAAACUUUACAGUUGACACUAUGCAUUGGGGCAGGUAGCGUUCUCCUGGCAUCCGCCAAACCCAGAUUUGUCCGUCGGACUGCCAGAUGGUGAAGCGUGAUUCAUCACUCCAGAGAAUGCGUUUCCUCUGCUCCAGAGUCCAAUGGCGGCGAGCUUUACACCACUCCAGCUGACGCUUGGCAUUGCACAUGGUGAGCUUAGGCUUGUGUGCGGCUGCUCGGCCAUGGAAACCCAUUUAAUUUCAUGAAGCUCCCGGCGAACAGUUAUUGUGCUGACGUUGCUUCCAGAGGCAGUUUGGAACUCGGUAGUGAGUGUUGCAACCGAGGACAGACGAUUUUUACACGCUUCAGCACUUGGCGGUCCCGUUCUGUGAGCUUGUGUGGCCUACCACUUCGUGGCUUAGCCGUUGUUUGUCUAUAGAGAUUGCAUGGCUGUGUGCUUGAUUUUUAUACACCUAUUAGCAACGGGUGUGUCUGAAAUGGCCGAAUCCACUAAUUUUGAAGGGGUGUCCACAUACUUUUGUGUGUAUAUAUAGUGUAGAUGGCUAACUGGUUAAUUUGACCAAAAGAUCGACCAAGCUAUUUCUCAAUGUUUCUGUAGCUGGCUAAUUCAUUUGAUCAUGCUUUGUGAUACACCUGGUGUUAUGCUGUUUUUUAGACCACAAAACAUGGGCCCUUGUACCUGCAGUAGAACCUUAUAAACAACAUCAGGGGGAAACAAUGAAAUUGGCCAUGCUUUUUGUCCUACCAGAUCCGCAAUGAUAAGGUUCGAGCUAGUGUAUCCCUCUGUCCUUCGACUCUUGUUGAAUGGAGUUGUCCGGUUGAUCAGGUCCCAGACUCCCAUGAUUGUUAUGAUUAUUUAUUUACAAGUUAAUUACAAUUUGCUUUUUGCUUUAGCGCAAUCUGUACCUGAUAGAGUAGUCUCACGUGCGGAAGUAAGCCGUCUGGCGCGAGAGACUCAUUGGGAGGAGGAGACUAGAGCAGACCCAGAAGUUCUGACUGAACGGACGCACAUUUGAGUGCCCCAGGAAGGUCCAUUUACUUUGUGCUGUUAUAAUUUACGCUAUGAAAUCCUACGAUUUCAUUGGGGCAGUUCCCCCUCAUAGCAAAUGGCUGGCAAAACAAUCAAAGCAAUGUUUGCAUGACCUAUGCGCCCACUGAGGCAGAGCUGGCAGUCACUGAGGGGCAGUGUUAAGUAACUGAACAGCUUGUUUUAAAGAAUAUAUUUUCUUAAACAUAAAAAUGUACACAUUUACCACUUUUUCUGAGAAUUUAAAACAUAAUCCAUUAAUUAUAUAAUGUUUUAAAUGAAAUAAAAUCAAUUGGGGGGGGGGGGGGGACCAAUCACAAGUGGUGCGCUGCCCCUAACGCCCUUAAAGGCGAGCCGCUGCUGGUCAAACACCACCUGUUUUCUCUUUACAUCUGCCAUGCCAUCACUGUAGAAACCUCACAGUAGAUGGUCUUUUGAUAAUCUGUUAAAGUGCUUUGCAAUUGUCCUUGUUUGACAAGUCCUGUGUACACAGCUCUUUGGAUCUGUGCGAUACCCUAUGUGCGCUUUCAAUUCCUUCCAUAAGAGUGGCAUGGGCCACACACUUAACUGAAGACACAAUUCGUCUCCUUCUCAUACUCCAACAUACUUUUAAGAGUAUUGCAUCUCUGUAAUGGAACUGCUGUUCACACUAGAGGAAACGUGCAGAUAAACAUCCCAGACACAAAGCACAUUUUAUUGCCUUAUUUGCCUGAAAUUAUUUUAUUACUUGGAGUGCAAAAGAUGGGUCAUAUCAGGGCUAAAAUGAUAAGCCGUUCCAAUUUCUGGAAAAUAUGCCAAUAUAGAUGUCUUAACACAUCCUCUAAACCUCCUCUCCUCUGAGACUGGUGUGAUAGUACAGUCUAAUCAGUAGUUUAAUCAGGUCUCUUUUGUCAUCUUUUUUUCCAGCUCAUCAAGACACAUAACCUGCUGCCCAGCCGAAACUACAUCUUUGGGUACCACCCCCAUGGGAUCUUCUCUUUCGGAGCCUUCUGUAACUUCGGGACUGAGGCCACUGGAUUCUCCAAGAAGUUCCCAGGCAUCAAGCCUUCUCUUGCCACCCUGGCUGGAAACUUCCGGAUGCCAGUCCUUAGAGACUAUCUCAUGUCUGGGGGUGAGAUGGUUUCUGGGAGUUUUGUCCCUCUGAAGAGGCCACCUCCUCCUCCUCUCUGUAAACUGCUGAUAACAGCACUGUAUCUAUAGACUGAAAUUUGGUAGAACUCUGAGCUUUGUCCUAUUGCGCAGCCAGGACGAAACAGCCAGCCUCUGUCUACCAACCUGUAUUUGCUGAUCUCGCUAUUGUAGGGAGCUGCUUCUGUCAACCUGCAUUGUUAGCUUAUUUAUCUUAAUUUCAAAGGUUUCAUUUGGUCAUUUAGAGUAGUAUUGAAGUGUAAUGUAAAACUUCCAGCAAGAAUAUAUGUCUGUGCUCAACCAGUAUGCAUUUUCUCUUAAAAUAAUGUCCACUGAAAACAGACUUUAUGGUUUGGUCUUUGGGCCCAUGUGUGAUUGCUGAGCCUAACCCCAUUUUCUCCCAUGUGUCAGGUAUCUGCCCAGUGAACCGUAACUCCAUCGACUACCUCCUCUCUCAGAAUGGAACUGGCAACGCAGUGGUCAUCGUUGUCGGGGGAGCAGCGGAAUCUCUGGACUGUGCUCCAGGCAUUAAUUCUGUCACCCUGAAUAACCGCAAGGGCUUUGUGAGGCUGGCCCUCCAGCAAGGGUGAGAGUAGAGCACAAACAUUCCGCCAUACACAAAUCCUGGCCACACACAAAUCCUGGCCACACACAUACACUACAUGAGCAAUAGUAUGUGGACACCUGCUCAUCGAACAUCUCAUUCCAAAAUCAUGGGCAUUAAUAUGGAGUUGGUCCCUCCUUUUGCUGCUAUAACAGCCUCUACUCUUCUGGGAAGGCUUUCCACUAGAUGUUGGAACAUUGCUGCAGGGACUUGCUUCCAUUCAGCCACGAGCAUUAGUGAGGUCGGGCACUGAUGUUGGUCGAUUAGGCCUGGCUCGCAGUCAGCGUUCCAAUUCAUCCCAAAUGUAUUUGAUGGGUUGAGGUCAGGGCUCUGUGCAGGCCAAUCAAGUUCUUCCACACUGAUCUCGACAAACCAUUUCUGUAUGGACCUCGCUUUGUGCACGGGGGCAUUGUCAUGCUGAAAUAGGAAAGGGCCUUCCCCAAACUGUUGCCACAACAUUGGAAGCACAGAAUCGUCUAGAAUGUCAUUGUAUGCUGUAGCGUUAAGAUUUCCCCUCACUGGAACUAACGGGCCUAGCCCGACCCAUACAAAAACAGCCCCAGACCAUUAUUCCUCCUCCACCAAACUUUACAGUUGGCACUAUGCAUUGGGGCAGGUAGCGUUCUCCUGAGAUCCGCCAAACCCAGAUUCGUCCGUUGGACUGCUAGAUGGUGAAGCGUGAUUCAUCACUCCAGAGAACGCGUUUCCACUGCUCCAGAGUCCAAUGGCGGCGAGCUUUACACCACAUCAGCUGAUGCUUGGCAUUGUGCAUGGUGAUCUUAGGCUUGUGUGCGGCUUCUUGGCCAUGGAAACCCAUUUCAUGAAGCUCCCGACUAACAGUUAUUGUGCUGACGUUGCUUCCAAAGGCAGUUUGGAACUCGGUAGUGAGUGUUGCAACUGAGGACCGACGAUUUUUACACGCUACGCGCUUCAGCACUCGGUGGUCCCGUUCUGUGAGCUUGUGUGGCCUACCACUUCGCGGCUGAGCCGUUGUUGCACCUAGACGUUUCCACUUCACAAUAACAGCACUUACAGUUGAGUGGGGCAGCUCUAACAGGGCAGAAAUUUGACGAACUGACUUGUUGGAAAGGUGGCAUCCUAUGACGGUGCCACGUUGAAAGUCACUGAGCUCUUCAGUAAGGCCAUUCUACUGCCAAUGGCUGUGUGCCCAAUAUUUUACACCUGUCAGCAACUGGUGUGUCUGAACGCGCCGAAUCCACUCAUUUGAAGGGGUGUCCACAUACUUUUUUGUAUAUAGUGUACCUCUAGGUUACACACAUCUACUGAUCAGACUACAUGGAGUUUGUUUUGAUGUAAGACACCUCAUCGGGCCAUCACAGACACGGGUGUCAUUAUGACCAAUUGGAUUGAAUCGAGAGAAUUGGCUCAACAAUAGGUUUGAUUGGCACCAGGGUUGGGGUUAAUUCUAAAAAUUAUAUUCAAAUUCAUUUUCCCCUCCCUGGAAAUGUAAUUUAAAUUCCAGGUCAGUCUUUGAAUUCAGAGAUAAUUAAUUUCUUCUCAAUUCCAAUGUUAGGUCAAUUCCAAGGAUUAAAUUCAAAUGUUAGGUCAAUUCCACAAAUUCCAAUUCCCUCAGGCUUUCAGGCUGGUCAUGUCAAUGUUCAGACAGCCUAGCUAUACUGGAAAUAUAGAAAUACAAAUGAUUUAAAUUGCAGUCAAUUUGUGAUACUAACUGCAUUAAUUCCAUUAACUGGGAAAUGUACAAAUAUUGAAUUCUAAUUCAAUUCCAAUUCAAAGUCCAGACGGUCUAAUUCCAUAACUUGAAGAUUGUUGAAAUUUUGAGUGAAUUGAAUUGGAAUUUCAAAUUCAAUUGGAAUUGACCACAAGCCUGAUUGGCACAAAAAACACUUUCACGUGUGGUAAUUGGUCCUCAAUUGCUCAGAGCUCCUCCUGGCAUACAGUAUACACACACCCGGGUCAAGGCCAAAGGAAAGGCUCCAUCAGAUUGUGACUCAGAACAACCUGAGAACACUGUUUGGGCACACUGGGUGAGCAGGCGUAGGUGAGCUGGCAUAGACCAGAUCUGACUAACUGGGAAUCGCACUCUACUCCAGACCUAUUAGGCUGCCAUUUUGACUUGCUCAACUUACCCAAACAAGCCUACUUCAGUAAUAAAUACUGUCUGAUGGUGGAUUAUAGAUACACUGGUUCAAAGCGCCUUAGAGGUUGUAUAAAAUGUAAUGUUAUGUAGAGGAGAACCUCAUUCAUAACAACCUUGGAUAACAUGCGUGAUUGGAAAUUUCCCCAGGCAUAUACAGUACGUAUUUGGGUCACUGGCUCUUAUUUUUAGGACCUCUAAGACGAGUGGCAUGUAGGCCUAUGUUACACUGGCUAAAUACUUCCCAAAGGUUCCUUUCUAAAUUCCUCAUAAUGAGUUUUCAUGACAAAUGUUGCAAUAAUAAGAGCAAGGAAGCACCAAAACAAGUCAAGAACAUGGUUUAGUAGCUCAUCAUUCAGAGAUCGGAUGAUAUCCGUCAUGCCCUAUGAGUAACUUCAAGAGACUAAUGUAAACCGUUGCUCUCUGUCAGGUCUGACCUGGUGCCGGUCUACUCCUUUGGGGAGAACAAUGUGUACAAGCAGGUGAUCUUUGAGGAGGGAACCUGGUGUCGGCUGGCUCAGAAGCGGCUGCAGAAGAUUCUGGGCUUUGCUCCCUGUCUGUUCCAUGGCUGUGGCCUCUUCUCCGAUUCCUGGGGAAUGGUGCCUUACAAUAAACCCAUCACCACCAUCGGUGAGAAACCCUCUCCAAGACCCAAAUGAUAAAGUCUCUCACAGGCAUUUAGUGCUGGUUGACUUAGUUUCUGGUAGGGAUCCUUGACUUUUUCCACAUUUUGUUACGUUACAGCCUUAUUCUAAAAUUGAUUCAAUACAUUUUUUUCCUCAUCAAUCUACACACAAACCCCAUAAUGACAAAGUGAAAACAGGAUUUUAUAAAUGUUUGCAAUGUAUUUAAAAUGUAAAUACCUUACUUACAUAAGUAUUCAGACCCUUUGCUAUAAGACUCGAAAUUGAGCUCAGGUGCAUCCUGUUUCCAUUGAUCAUCCUUGAGAUAUUUCUACAACUUCCACCUGUGGUAAAUUCAAUUGAUUGGACAUGAUUUGGGGCGGCAGGUAGCUUAGUGGUUAAGAGCGUUGUGCCAGUAACUGAAAGGUCGCUGGUUCUAAUCCCCGAGCCGACUAGGUGAAAAAUCUGUCAAUGUGCCCUUGAGCAAGGCACUUAACCCUAAGUCGCUCUGGAUAAGAGCGUCUGCUAAAUGUAAAUGUAAUGAUUUGGAAAGGCACAUUCCUGUCUCUAUAAGGUCCCACAGGAGACAGUGCAUGUCAGAGCAAAAACCAAGCCAUGUGGUUGAAGGAAUUGUCCGUAGCGCUCCCAAACAGGAUUGUGUCGAGACACAGAUCUGGGGAAGAGUACCAAAACAUUUCUGCAGCAUUGAAGUAUGGAACCACCAAGACUCUUCCUAGAGCUGGCCGUCCGGCCAAACUGAGCAAUCGGGGGAGAAGGGCCUUGGUCAGGGAGGUGACCAAGAACCCAAUGGUCGCUCUGACAGAGCUCCAGAGUUCCUCUGUGGAGAUGGGAGAACAUUCCAGAAGGACAACCAUCUCUGCAGCACUCCACCAAUCAGGCCUUUAUGGUAGAGUGGCCAGACGGAAGCCACUCCUCAGUAAAAGGCACAUGACAGCCUGCUUGGAGUUUGCCAAAAGGCACCUAAAGGACUCUGACCAUGAGAAACAAGAUUCUCUGGCCUGAAUGCCAAGCGUCACAUCUGGAGGAAACCUGGCACCAUCCCUACGGUGAAGCAUGGUGGUGGCAGCAUCAUGCUGUGGGGAUGUUUUUCAGCGGCAGGGACUGGGAGACUAGUCAGGAUCGAGUGAAAGAUGAAUGGAGCAAAGUACAGAGAGAUCAUUGAUGAAUACCUGCCCAGGACCUCAGACUGGGGCGAAGGUUCACCUUCCAACAGGACAAUGACCCUAAGCACACAGCCAAGACAACGCAGGAGUGGCUUCGGGACAAGUCUCUGAAUGUCCUUGAGUGGCCCAGCCAGAGUCUAGACUUGAACCCGAUCAAACAUCUCUGGAGAGACCCGAAAAUAGCUGUGCAGCGACGCUUCCCAUCCAACCUGACGGAGCUUGAGAGGAUCUGCAGACAAUAAUGGGAGUGGGAGUGCGCGCUCAGCCCCCUCCUGUACUCCCUGUUCACCCAUGACUGCGUGGCCAAGCACGCCUCCAACUCAAUCAUCAAGUUUGCAGACAACACAACAGUAGUAGGCUUGAUUACCAACAAUGACGAGACAGCCUACAGGGAGGUGAGGGCUCUGGGAGUGUGGUGCCAGGAAAAUAACCUCUCACUCAACGUCAACAAAACAAAGGAGAUGAUCGUCGACUUCAGGAAACCACAGAGGGUGCACCCCCCUAUCCACAUCGACGGGACCGCAGUGGAGAAGGUGGAAAGCUUCAGGUUCCUUGGCGUACACAUCACUGACAAACUGAAAUGUUCCUCCCAUGCAGACAGUGUGGUGAAGAAGGCACAACAGAGCCUUUUCAACCUUAGGAGGUUCAAGAAAUUUGGCUUGGCACCUAAAACCCUCACAAACUUUUACAGAUGCACAAUUGAGAGCAUCCUGUCGGGCUGUAUCACCGCCUGGUACGGCAACUGCACCAUCCGCAACCGCAGGGCUCUCCAGAGGGUGGUGCGGUCUGCCGAACGCAUUACCGGGGGCAAACUACCCACACUCCAGGACACCUACAGCACCCGAUGUCACAGGAAGGCCAAAAAGAUCAUCAAGGACAUCAACCACCCGAGCCACUGCCUGUUCACCCUGCUAUCAUCCAGAAGGCGAGGUCAGUACAGGUGCAUCAAAGCUGGGACCGAUAGAAGCUGUUUUUCAUUCUAUCUCAAGGCCAUCAGACUGUUAAAUAGCCAUCACUCGGACAUUAGAGGCUGCUGCUGCCUAUAGAAAUGACUGGCCAUUUUAAGAAAUGGAACACUAGUCACUUUAAUAAUGUUUACAUAUCUUGCAUUACUCAUCUCAUAUGUAUAUACUGUAUUCUAUAAUAUUCUACUGUAUCUUAGUCCAUGCCGCUCUGUCAUUGCUUGUCCAUAUACAGUUGAAGUCGGAAGUUUACAUACACUUAGGUUGGAGUCAUUAACUUGUUUUUCAACCACUCCACAAAUUUCUCGUUAACAAACUAUAGUUUUGGCAAGUCGGUUAGGACAUCUACUUUGUGCAUGACACAAGUAAUUUUUCCAACAAUUGUUCACAGACAGAUUAUUUCACUUAUAAUUCACUGUAUCACAAUUCCAGUGGGUCAGAAGUUUACAUACACUAAGUUGACGGUGCCUUUAAACAGCUUGGAAAACUCCAGGAAAUGAUGUCAUGGCUUUAGAAGCUUCUGAUAGGCUAAUUGACAUCAUUUGAGUCAAUUGGAGGUGUACCUGUGGAUGUAUUUCAAGGCCUACCUUCAAACUCAGUGCCUCUUUGCUUGACAUCAUGGGAAAAUCAAAAGAAAUCAGCCAAGACCUCAGAUAAAAAAUUGUAGACCUCCAUAAGUCUGGUUCAUCCUUGGGAGCAAUUUCCAAACACCUUAAGGUACCACGUUCAUCUGUACAAACAAUAGUACGCAAGUAUAAACACCAUGGGACCACGCAGCCGUCAUACCGCUCAGGAAGGAGACGCGUUCUGUCUCCUCGAGAUGAACGCACUUUGGUGCGAAAAGUGCAAAUCAAUCCCAGAACAACAGCAAAGGACCUUGUGAAGAUGCUGGAGGAAAUGGGUACCAAAGUAUCUAUAUCCACAGUAAAACGAGUCCUAUAUCGACAUAACCUGAAAGGCCGCUCAGCAAGGAAGAAGCCACUGCUCCAGAACCGCCAUAAAAAAGCCAGACUACGGUUUGCAACUGCACAUGGGGACAAAGAUCGUACUUUUUGGAGAAAUGUCCUCUGGUCUGAUGAAACAAAAAUUAGAACUGUUUGGCCAUAAUGACCAUCGUUAUGUUUGGAGGAAAAAGGGGUAUGCUUGCAAGCCGAAGAACACCAUCCCAACUGUGAAGAACGGGGGUGGCAGCAUCAUGCUGUGGGGGUGCUUUGCUGCAGGAGGGACUGGUGCACUUCACAAAAUAGAUGGCAUCAUGAGGAAGGAAAAUUAUGUGGAUAUAUAUUGAAGCAACUUCUCAAGACAUCAGUCAGGAAGUUAAAGCUUGGUCGCAAAUGGGUCUUCCAAAUGGACAAUGACCCCAAGCAUACUUCCAAAGUUGUGGCAAAAUGGCUUAAGGACAACAAAGUCAAGGUAUUGGAGUGGCCAUCACAAAGCCCUGACCUCAAUCCUAUAGAAAAUGUGUGGGCAGAGCUGAAAAAGUGUGUGCGAGCAAGGAGGCCUACAAACCUGUCUCAGUUACACCAGCUCUGUCAGGAGGAAUGGGCCAAAAUUCACCCAACUUAUUGUGGGAAGCUUGUGGAAGGCUACCCAAAACGUUUGACCCAAGUUAAACAAUUUAAAGGCAAUGCUACCAAAUACUAAUUGAGUGUAUGUAAACUUCUGACCCACUGGGAAUGUGAUGAAAGAAAUAAAAGCUGAAAUAAAUAAUUCUCUCUACUAUUAUUCUGAAAUUUCACAUUCUUAAAAUAAUGUGGUGAUCCUAACUGACCUAAAACAGGGAAUUUUUAUUAGGAUGAAAUGUCAGGAAUUGUGAAAAACUGAGUUUAAAUGUAUUUGGCUAAGGUGUAUGUAAACUUCCGACUUCAACGGUAUGUAUAUAUUCUUAAUUACAUUCCUUACUUAGAUUUGUGUGUAUUGGGUAUACGUUGUGAAAUUGUUAGAUAUUACUGCACUGUCGGAGCUAGAAGCACAAGCAUUUCGCUACACCCGCAGUAAGAUCUGCUAAACAUGUGUAUGUGACAAAUAAAAUUUGAUUUGAUUUAAGAAACUCCCCAAAUACAGGUGUGCCAUGAUUGUGCCGUCAUGCUCGAGGCUGUAAUCGCUGCCAAAGAUGCUUCAGCUAAGUACUGAGUAAAGGGUCUGAAUACUUAUGUAAAUGUCAUAUUUCAGUUUUAAAUGUUUUAUACAUUUGCAAAAAUUUCUAAAAUCCUGUUUUUGCUCUGUCAUUGUGGGGUAUUGUGUAUAGAUUUGAGGAAAAAAAACAUGAUUUAAUCAAUUUUAGAGUAAGGCUGUAACGUAACAAAGUGGAAAAAGUCAAGGGGUCUGAAUACACUGUAUAUAUCACAGGAGGUUGGUGGCACCUUAAUUGGGGGGGACGGGCUCAUGGUAAUGGCUGGAGCAGAAUAAGUAGAAUGGUAUUAACUUCAUCAAACACAGGGUUUCCAUGUGUUUGAUGCCAUUCCAUUUGCUCUGUUCCGGCCAUUAUUAUGAGCCGUCCUCCCCUCAGCAGCCUCCUGUGAUAUUUCUCUCUCUCUCGCUGUCUCGCUCUCCCCCUCUCUCUCUCGUCCUGUCCUGUCCUCAAAGUAUAUGUUCAACUCAAAAAAUUGUUCUGUCAGCCAGGAUCUGUAGAUUAUUGUCCAUCUGUUAAAAUCUAGUAAUUGCAAUGCUAGGUCGGGUUAUUGUUACUACUAAGCAGUUCAAGGGCAGCUCUAGCUCCUCUGUAUUAACAGAACCAUCCACACAGUCAACAUUUUCUCUCCCCUGCAUCAAGGCCAUGUUCAUGUUUAACGUUGCAGCUCAUCAAACCAAAAAGUUAAAUGUCUGUUGAAGUUGAUUUUGCGGAUAUUGAUUUUUACCCCCUUCUCUUAGUGGGUGAACCGAUCACGGUGCCAAAGGUUGAGGAGCCUACUAAGGAUAUGGUGGAACUGUACCAUGCCAUGUACAUCAAGUCCCUCAGGAGCCUCUUUGACAAGUAUAAGACCCGCUUCGGAUUGAAGGAGAGUGACAUCCUGCACAUCCAA